UAGAGGGAGACUAAAAGGGAGAGAGAGAGAGAGAGAGAGAGAGAGCAAGCAAGAAAUGGGGGAGUGGUGGGAGAGAGAGAGGAAGCGAAAAAGAGAGUGAAAGGCUCCACACGGCAGAAUAUAAAUCUGUACGUUAACAGGACCAAAGCUGGAGGUCUCGAAGCGGCUUUAGUGGUUAUGCUGGUAGGGGGUGGCCAUGAAGCAUCAAGAGGUGGUCUCCCCUAUUAACUGAGGAUCUUUGCAAAUAAGGAAGUGGGACCCGUGGAAGCUGUGAACGCCGGUUGUCAAGCACAGUGGUGGGUUGGUCGGAGGUCUCUGACCCUCUCAUUUUCAUCCCUGGAAGAAAAGAGAAGAGCAAAAGAGACACGAGAGAAAAAGGAAGGUGGCAGCGAGGGACCAGUGAGCCAUUUCUCUCUUUAUUACCUCCAUUCACAAAACCAUUGCAUCCCAUUAUCACAGCGAUGUAGAGGCAUUCUCUCCGAUUGGAGGAGGAAGGGUCCCAUUGACUGCUUAGGCUUAGCACCUCUCUCCAAACGCUAGCCCCUUUCAUUGCAGUCCCCCCCCAUCUCUCGCCUCUAUCCUUACGUCUGCUGUUUUCUCUGUUCUUCUCUCUUUUCUUGUCCCCUGUAUUCUUGUCCCUUUUCACACCACUCAGGAAUCAGGAGGCAUUGCGUUUUGGUAGAAGUGGGUGUUUCUGGAGCUGUCAUUGUGUUUGGUGCCGCUACAAAGGACAGCUGAGCAGGGAGUGAGAGAGACAGCUUUGGAGAUAAUAAAAUAGCAGCCUGAAAGAAAAGGGGGGACCUGGGACUGCAGGAACAGCUGACAACCACUGGAAGGUGAAUUGUAAUGAAAAGAAAACAGUUACAAAGACUGACAACCAUUUUAAGGUAGCUAUUUAUUGAGACCAUUACCACUUCUUGAGGGAAUAAAGAAGCAGUGUGCCAAACCAACACUGCCGGUUGGAUUCUGCUGUUGCUGUUGCUAAGCAAAGUAUCUAACCUGAAGUUCUUGGGGAGACAGUAUCUACAGCCAUGAAAGGAAGCUCAGAGGACAGCAUUGAAAGCAUCAGGCCCUCCAACCUGCAAGCUUUCGCUAACAUAUCCACCCUACAUGGCAUGAGUCACAUAUUCGCCUAUGGGCACAUGACAUUCCGCCGGUUCCUUUGGACUCUCUCAUUCCUGGGUUCACUAGCCUUAUUGAUGCUGGUCUGCAUGGAUCGAGUGUCAUAUUACCUGGAGUACCCUCAUGUCACCAAGCUGGACGAGGUGGCGGCGACAAACCUCACCUUCCCAGCAGUUACCUUCUGUAACCUCAAUGAGUUCCGCUUCUCCAAAAUCACCAGAAAUGACCUCUAUCACGUGGGAGAGCUCCUAGCCCUCCUCAAUAAUAACUACCAAAUAGCCAACCCCCACUUGGCUGAGCCCGAGGUUCUGGCUGCCCUUAAGGAUAAGGCAAACUUCCAGAACUUCAAGCCCAAACUAUUCAACAUGACUGAUUUCUAUAACCGCACAGGUCAUGACAUCGGUGAUAUGCUACUGCAGUGCACCUUUCGAGGAGAGGAUUGCUACCCGGUGAACUUCACCACAAUUUACACACGCUACGGAAAAUGCUACACCUUCAACUCGGGAUUAGAUGGCAACCCUUUGCUCACCACAUUAAAAGGCGGCACGGGGAACGGCUUGGAGAUCAUGCUGGAUAUUCAGCAGGAUGAAUAUCUGCCUGUUUGGGGAGAGACAGAUGAGACCUCCUACGAAGCAGGCAUCAAGGUUCAGAUCCACAGCCAGGAUGAGCCGCCCUUCAUUGACCAACUGGGAUUUGGUGUGGCCCCUGGUUUUCAAACUUUUGUGUCAUGUCAGCAGCAACUGCUUCAGUACCUCCCUCCGCCUUGGGGAGAUUGCAAGUCUACUCCCAUAGACUCUGAAUACUUCUCCACGUACAGCAUCACCGCCUGCCGCAUUGACUGUGAAACACGGUACCUGCUGGAGAAUUGCAACUGCAGGAUGGUUCACAUGCCUGGGACAUCAACAGUUUGCACACCUGAGCAGUACAAAGACUGUGCUGACCCAGCUUUAGACUUUUUGGUAGAGAAAGACAACGAUUACUGUGUCUGUCAGACCCCCUGCAACAUGACUCGCUAUGGCAAGGAGCUGUCCAUGGUUAAGAUCCCCAGUAAGGCAUCUGCUAAAUAUCUGGCUAAGAAAUUCAACAAAACUGAGCAGUAUAUUGGAGAAAAUAUAUUGGUCUUGGACAUCUUCUUUGAAGCUCUGAAUUAUGAGAAGAUUGAGCAGAAGAAGGCCUAUGAAAUUGCAGGGCUGCUCGGUGACAUUGGAGGUCAGAUGGGGCUGUUCAUCGGAGCCAGUGUUUUAACAAUACUGGAAAUAUUUGACUACCUAUAUGAGGUGUUGAAGGAUAAGGUUUUGGGUUACUUCAUACGCAAGAAACGACCACAGCGUUGCCAGAGCGACAAUCUGGAGUUUCCAGAGAACCCAACCAGCCCUGGUGUCACGCCUAAUCAUGCCCCCAGAGCACCUGUGACACACUCCGGAGUCACUCGGACAGUCUCGGAUUCACGCCGAACAUGUUACCUCGUCACCCGACUCUAGGCAACUUUGAGGAGUUUGCUUGUUGACAACAUAAAGUAGGGGUCGCGGGCAGGGGGACUUGACAGCAAACUGUGAAAUAAUUUAUGUAUUUAACAGACAAAAGGGUUGAGUGUACAACUCAAAAGCGUAUAGUAGAGUUUAUCAAUGCCUGAAUAGAAAUAGAAUACUAUCAUCAGAAAAAAAGAGACCACUUCCAAAACAGAACUCAGGUUUAACUGCCAUUUCAAGGCAUCAAUGUUAAUUUGUUCAUGUUUCAUUUUGUGGAUUUGUUUUUCUUAUCCAGUCAUUUUAGAGUAUACAAUCACUGAAGAUAAAUGUAUCCAAAAAAAAAAGGGAUUCUGACCUGUGUUGAAAUGAGUUCCGUAGUACUGUUGUGCUAGUUUUGUUGUACAUCAAUCAAAAAAAGAAACAAAAAAAAAAAAGAAUAAUACAUGUGGAUUGGUAUGUGUAGCAUUGCAGUUUCUUAUCAGUGUUACGUCUCCAGCAUCUAACCAAUGCUGUAUCGAGUGACCUUAUACCUGUCACCAGUUAGAACAGGAGAGCCUUUUUAGAAAUCUGCUCAACUUUGAGGAGCUGAUUGUUGGUUUAAAAGAGCUGCUCACACCUGAAUCAAAACACUAGACUAGUGUUUAAUGUUGCCUUUUGCUACUGUGAGGCUUUGAAUCGCCUCAUUAAUUAGACAACUGUGGUUAUUCGAUUUAAAACCAGAAGAGGAACUUGAUUAUUUGUAUAUAUGCAAGUAUUUAGUUGUGUUCCACAUGGACCCUGGGAUGACUUUACUCACUUUUUACAUGCAUUAAGGAUCUAAAAAAGUGAGUCAGGAGGCAAAAAAAGGCUGUUGAUUGUAUCUUUAUAUCUUUAUAUAGCUGACAUUUUAAUUUUCAUUUAUGUUUCCCAUUUUUCUGGGAUAGUGUUGCUAUGCUGACCGUCGCAAAACAAUGCUAGCGUUCAGCUUGCUGUAAAAGUUGCCCCUUAUUUCUGUGUAAUUCAUCAGAACAAGAACAAUCUGGCUUUCUUCUGCCUUUUAAAAUUUUUUUUUAAUUAAUUUUUUUUUUCAUUAUCGUGUCUUAAAGGUGUUCAUCAGCACAAUCCCCUGUGAUAGUAAUCUAUUCUCUAUUGAACAUAAGCAGAGUUUCUUGAUGGCGACAUUCCUUAACUUGACAGAAAUUUGUAAAUAAAUGCAAUCAAAUGCCAUGAAGAAAUUCUAUACUGCUAAUGUGAGACAUUUGUCAAACAUAUAUAUAUAUAUAUAGAUCAAAAAAGUUUCUGGUGAUUACAACAUGACUGACAGCUGGAUAGACCUAACUAGAUACAAGAGAAUUGCCUCAAAACAUCAAAAACCACCAUGCACCUCAGCCCCAUUCAGUUCAGUUGAUUUAUAACAGAAAUGCAUUGUACAAUUUUACCAUUGUAUCCUAUUAUUAUAGUUAUUAUUAUUAUUAUUAUUAUUAUUAUUAUUCCAGAACAUGUAAUAAGUCACAAAUACCAGUUUGUGAUGUAUAAAUGAUCAAGUAUAAUAAACUCUAUAUUUACCCAUCUUACUCAUGUACACAACUUUUCUUCUUAUCUUCGUGUCAGUCUACUUCCUCUCUUGUUAACGUCCUUGACACCACAGGGACUUGUAGGUACACGUACGCACCCUUCACUAUAAAUACUUUAUUGAGAACUUUUUUUAAAUGUGAAACUUUCAAGUAUAAUGCAGAUCAAGUGAGUGGUGUUCAUAACACUGUAGCUUUAUUACUCUGUUGUCUGUGUAUUAGAUGACUGUUGAUGUGAAGCACAAACCUUUGGAGAUCAGCCAUCACUCGAAAGCCAAUGACUGGACGUCUAUGGUUGUGUGACUACCUUUUUUUGGCUCAAGUUUUAACUUUCUCACACUGUUAUACAUGGUGUGUUCACUGCUCCAGCAUUAUCAGGAAUAUAGAGUACUCCCAAGAGGAGCCAGAAACACCACCUCGUGAAGAGACUCUAUCCAAAUGGAAAUGUUACCUUUCAGGAAACAGGAAAAAAAGGGUGAAUCAGUGGCGUUGUGUCUUGAGCAAUAAAUGCACUGAAUCAGAUACCACUGUUGACAAAUUGACAUCAAAAGAAAUUAUUUGAUUUGAGACUCCCAUUUUCAAUUCAUAACGUACUCAACAGCUGGAAUGGAUGUAGACUAAAACAGCUGCCAACUGCGACGCCAGAUGUAUGAUACGUAUAAGUGUAUAAUAACCAUCAUCAGCCAAACAAAGAGACACAAAUGCCAAUUCAUGUUACACGAUGAUGCUACUCUGAAGAUGCUGCAUUGCCAUGAUGACUUUGAGUGUGUGUGUCAUGUUGUUGCAAAAACACCUACCGCAAACUGUGGGGAUAUGUAGGAUUUGUGAAAAAUGUCCCGGGUCUUUACCUCUCUCUCCCCACCCCCUGCCUUAUACUACCAGUGAAAGAACAGCAGAGUGUAUCUGAACUGGCAGAAACUAUUACUGAACUGUUUGUGCUCAUUAAGUAGUCCUCAACUGACAUUUACUGCAUAGUAAUGGCCAAGUAGAUAACAAUAUUCUAUAUAUUUCUGUCACCAAACACAAGAGAUUUGAACUAUUUUAAUCUUAAGGUUAAUAAUUUUACGGCACAUCACCCGUUUUCUUCCUUGCAUGACCAUUGUGUAUUCCUAUUAUCUCUGGUCUCUUAAUGUAAUAUUAGCCAUGCUAUUCACUUUGUAUUGUCCAAAGUGUAUUUUUGGAGCCAGAUGAAUCAAAAAUAGUGUUCUCCACAUCCUGUGGUACACUGUCUUGGAUCUUUAUUAUGAAAAUCCUCCUCAAACCAGGCUUGGGAUUGUGCAAUAUUCAACAAAAGAGAGAUAUUACGCAGAGGUGGGAAACUGCAAUAUCUGUCACACGUUUUUAUGGAUUCAGAAAACAUAAUGUGGCUUGAAGUGGAAAAAAAAUGUGCCUUUAAGACUGGUUCUUACAGGUAACAUCAAGAUUUUCAUGUGUGCUCACACACAUCUGGGGAACUAGACUUGCUUCAUCUGGCUCUACAUGCUCUAUGUGCAUUUUAUUGUAGAUAUGUGAUUUUAACUCUGAACUGUACAUUAAAUAGUUAAUACACAC